AUGACGAGGUUUGACACAAUUUUUUCAGCACAUCUACCUGAAAAUCUCCGUGUCCAAUGUGGUGCGUUCAAGAAGGCUCUCCACGAAUGCAGUCCAGAAAUGAUAGAGAUCUACGACAACAUACAGUCAUGGUACUCAGCAAAUAUAAAACCACAUGAAGAUAAAGAAGACAAUGGAGAUCUUGCUCAGUUUCUCAUGCAGUACCUUGAGCAGGUGAACAGUCUCUUACACAUUAUCAAUGCUUGCUGCUCAGGUGAUUGGGAAGGUUACUUGGCUGUGUUAGAAAACGUCAUCAAGUAUUUUUUCGCCCACAAUCUCCUAAACUAUGCUCGCCUUAUGCCUGUCCAUCUUGCUCAGAUGAAUGCUCUGGAGCAGGACGAUCCAGUGACAUGGGAAGCGUUAAAGGCAGGAGAGUUUGUUGUUGCAAAAUCCGAGGUCCCCUUCACCUGCCUUUUCACCGACCAGACCCUGGAACAAAAGAUCAAAGAAUUAAGGCGUCACGGCGGAAUGGUUGGAUUAAGUCAAGAUGAAACUGGUUUGGACCGACUAGUUACCACCACACCUCAUCUCGCUCGAAUUGUUAAGCAGUACCUCAACAGUUUUCCUAAAGAAUCCAGUUCUUCUCAUCGUAAUGAACACUACCAGCUUUCCGGAUGUGUUUCUAUACGGUCAAGAGAAAACGCUCUAAAGCUUCAUCACUCCAUCGAAUUGCAUUGCACAGGGAACCCGUUUAAAGAAAUAUCUCCUUUGAAGAGCUUGGUUUCAUCAGUUCUUGUGCCAGAAGAUGCAAAAGAGACGAUAUUCUGCACUUUGGCGAGAAAGGUCAGAAACGCUUUGACGAGUUCGUCGGUGAAUGAUUGCUGCCCACAUCAAAAUUCUCGGUUUGGGACUCAAUGA